UCAAUUCAAAAUAUCAAGUCUAAACAUGAGGAGUGUUCUUUUAGUUUUUGCUUUAGCCUUUACGCUAAUUUCGGGUCAGUUUGACAAUUGGCACGUAAUUAGAACGGAUAUCUAUACAUUGUCCCAAUAUUGCGUGAAUUCCACCAAUAUCGACAAUGAAUUAGUUGUGAAAUCGAUGCAGGGUGAGUUCGUCAAUGAUCCGAAAUUCUUGGACUACACAUCCUGCAUAGCCACAGAGUUGGACCUCAUGGAUGAAGAUGGAGAGUUUGAAGAAGAUAAUUUCCUGAAGCUUAUGCUGGAAAUUUUGAAGACGAAGAUGAAUAAAUGCAUUGUCUAUGCGAAAAAGGAAACAAGCAGCGAGAAGCGAUCUUUCGAGGAUUGGUACGGGGACUUAUUGUAUCUAAUCUUCACAGCGGACUUGCCAAUAACACAACUGGUCACAUUAGCCACCUAUGCAGAUGACAGAGCAAUUCUUGUAUACAAUGCUAAUAGAAGGUACAUGCUUCCAGGAGACCCUGAACAACAAA